AGCUGCUCAAGGUGCUGAGGCGGGAGAAUCACCUGAGCCCGGGAGGUCGGGGGCUGCACGGAACCGUGAUCGCACCACCGCACUCCAGCCUGGGCAACUAAGCGAGACCCUGCCUCCAAAAAUAAGAAUAAAGAAAAAAAAAAAAAAAAGAACUGCGGCCCCAUUGGCCUGACUCUCCUGAACAGCCUAGCUGUCUCCGACCAGUUACGGAGGAGGCGGCCUUGAGAGGGUAGUGCCCAUUGGCUCGAUGUCCUGCCCUUCCGAAACCUAAGUCUUUAGCUUCCAAUCAGGACUCAGCUUUGGGAAGAGCGCCACGCGGUGGGCGAGACGAUGCCCCAGUAUAUCCGCAGAAGCAUGGAUCUCGGUAUCCCUGACCUGCUGGACGGGUGGCUGGAGCCCCCAGAGGAUAUCUUCUCGACAGGAUCCGUCCUGGAGCUGGGACUCCACUGCCCCCCUCCAGAGGUUCCGGUGACUAGGCUACAGGAACAGGGACUGCAAGGCUGGAAGUCCGGUGGGGACCAUGGCUGUGGCCUUCAAGAGAGUGAGCCUGAAGAUUUCUUGAAGCUUUUCAUUGAUCCCAAUGAGGUGUACCGCUCAGAAGCAUCUCCUGGCAAUGACAGUGGCACCUCUGAGGACCCCUGCCGUCCAGACAGUCCCCCUGCCCCCAGGGCAACCAGUUCUCCUACGCUCUAUGAAGUUGUCUAUGAGGCAGGGGCCCUGGAGAGGAUGCAGGGGGAAACUGGGCCAACUGUAGGCCUCAUCUCCAUCCAGCUAGAUCAGUGGAGCCCAGCAUUUAUGGUACCUGAUUCCUGCAUGGUCAGUGAGCUGCCCUUUGAUGCUCAUGCCCACAUCUUGCCCAGAGCAGGCACCUUAGCCCCAGUGCCUUGUACAACCCUGCUGCCCUGUCAAACCCUGUUCCUGACGGAUGAGGAGAAGCGUCUGCUGGGGCAGGAAGGGGUUUCUCUGCCCUCUCACCUGCCCCUCACCAAGGCAGAGGAGAGGGUCCUCAAGAAGGUCAGGAGGAAAAUCCGUAACAAGCAGUCAGCUCAGGACAGUCGGCGGCGGAAGAAGGAGUACAUUGAUGGGCUGGAGAGCAGGGUGGCAGCCUGUUCUGCACAGAACCAAGAAUUACAGAAAAAAGUCCAGGAGCUGGAGAGGCACAAUAUCUCCUUGGUAGCUCAGCUCCGCCAGCUGCAGACGCUAAUUGCUCAAACUUCCAACAAAGCCGCCCAGACCAGCACUUGUGUUCUGAUUCUUCUUUUUUCCCUGGCUCUCAUCAUCCUGCCCAGCUUCAGUCCAUUCCAGGGUCGACCAGAAGCUGGGCCUGAGGAUUACCAGCCUCACGGAGUGACUUCCAGAAAUAUCCUGACCCACAAGGACAUAACAGAAAAUCUGGAGACCCAAGUGGUAGAGUCCAGACUGAGGGAGCCACCUGCAGCCAAGGAUGCAAAUGACUCAACAAGGACACUGCUUGAGAAGAUGGGAGGGAAGCCAAGACCCAGUGGGCGCAUCGGAACCGUGCUGCAUGCAGAUGAGAUGUGAGCUGGAACAGACCUUCCUGGCCCACUUGCUGAUCACAAGAAGGAAUCCUGGGAUUCCUACUUAGGUGUCUGCCCUCAGGAAUCCAAAUCACUUCAGGACACCCCAAGAGAUGUCUUUAGUCUCUCUCUGCCUGAGGCCCAGUCUGCAUUUGUUUGCAUAUAUGAGAGGGUACCUCAAAUACUUUUGUUAUGUAUCUAUGAUUUUAUUUCUUCUUUGGGGAUAGGGUUGAGGGGAAAUAAGUUUUGAGUGAUAAAUAAACGUUUUAACUGAAAUUGUA